UUUGCAUAUAAAGAACCACCAAGUCCUUCCUUAGACCUCCCACCUUCAUAAAAUGGCCUUCACAUAUUGGUAUCAUAUUUCAGCUAUCCUCGCUUGUCAACUGGUAAUCACAUACGCGCAAGCACCAGCUGCCUCACCUUCUAAUCUUCCACUAACACCACCGGCUUCCACGACACUGCCACCAGCAAGUUCAGCACCGUCUACCCCUGUGACGACGACUCCCCCGACUUCCACUCCGACGGCAUCCCCAACCCCGAAAGUCGCACCAGCAUCCAGCCCACCAGUUUCAGCCCCUCAGGUUCCGCCACCUCAACCGCCACAGAGCCCUCCCACCUCUACUCCUGCACAGCCACCAGCAUUGCCUCCACCGCCUGUUGCUUCACCACCCCCGCUGCCACCGCCUGUCUCACCACCACAAGUGUCCCCGUCACCAGCCCAAGCACCACCUGCUCUAGCUCCUGUAAAAGCACCACCAGCACCAGCACCAGCACCAAUAAAGGAAGCCCCUGUACCAUCCCCAUCAACGCCGCCGCCAGCCCCUGCCCCUGCACCUGUUAACAAGGCACCGGCACCUGCACCAGUUUUGGUGUCAUCUCCCGCACCAGCACCCACCAAACACAAGAGGAGGCACAAGCACAGGCACAGAAGGCAUCAUGCCCAUGCCCCAGCCCCAGCACAUACUGUGCCAAGCCCUCCAUCUCCACCUACGGUUUCAGACACAGAGGAUACAUCCCCAGCACCUUCACCAAACUUAGAUCUGAAUGGAGGAUUUGCCUUCCAUCAACAAGGAAAGCUGGGGAUGUGGGUGAGGAUUGGAUUUUCCCUGGCCAUUCUGCUGGCACUCAGAGGUUGUGGCUUCUAGAGCAAUUUGCUGCCACAGGUCAUAUUUACACCUUACAAACCUUACAAAGCUGGCAUUAUAAGAAAAAAAAUGGAGCCAAUAGAACAAAUAAAAGAAAAUAUGAUCGAGAAUUGUAAGGCAUUUUUGUAUUCUUUCUACACAAUGAGAUACUAUUGGAGAAUUCUUUAUUCUUU